ACGUUAUAUAUAUAGAAUAUAGUGUCAUCAUAUUUUUCCAUCCGUGAAUCAAUACGUGAAAAAAAAAUAUAUCAGCACACAAGGUUUUUCACGCUAUGCGACACGGAAGAUAGUGGCUAAAUAAAAAGGUUUUUAAAAAAGUUCAUUCACAUUAUAAGGUUGUCACAAAAAUACUAAAGUUAUCCCAGUUUGAAAAGAUUUUUGAUGCCUACAACUUAACGAGUCUUAAAUAAUUUGAUUAAUUAAUACAUAUAAUUAAUAAUAAUUAUAAUAAUAAUAAGUAAUACUGAUAGAUAAAUAACAAAUAUAUAAACAAUAACAAACAAUGAAUACGUAUUAAAAGGUAUCACAAGAAAGAAAAUCCUUAAUAUUGUAACAGGCGAGGCGUAGCAAUUUGUCUUUAAGCGUGCAAUUGAAAUUUGUUUGACUAGUUAUCUCCUUCAGUUCGAUAUGCAAUUUAUUAUAAAUUUGUACAGUCAAAACAAAGGGACUAUUUGCUUUAAUAGACAAUCGAUGUGUGGGUAUUUUCAUGUUAAGAUUCGGUCUUAAACUGUACUGAAUAUCUGAGUUUCUUGAGGGCAUAUAAAGAUUAGAGUUACUUUUUACAUACGUGGCACAAUUAAGUAUCUACAUACUAGCAAGUGUCAAUAAAGAGUGUUGUGGAAAUAGGUCCCGACUGAAAAAUUCCAGGGCUUAAAGAGUAUAGUCCGUAAAAUGCGUUUCUACAUCCUAAAGACUUGCUCCGCGCGUGGGGAACCUCCCUAACAAACCAAGGCGUAGUUGAGACAGGAAUAGAUAUACGAAAGAUAUUCCAUUUUUAACAAGGGGAAAGAAACCUGAUGGCGGAGCCUCCAUAUGACAAAGCAGUAAACAGAAAGUUUUUUGAGACUGUGAUCCACCUGUUCGAACCAGGAGAAUCUCGAGUCUACAUAGACUCCGAUGAAUUUUACAACACUUUUCUGUUGAAUUGUGCUUUCAUUAAAGCGUACUAAUAAACUCUUAUUUAAAUCCCGUUUUGAAAAGGCGAUCAUCUCAGUUUUACUUUCAUUCAAUAUCAAUUUGUUAAUUUCUUCAUAAUGUUUCAUUUGCUCAACAAUUGUCUUGGUUGCAAUGCUAAGUUGCGCAGAUGAUGCUGCAGAAAGAGUAGACACUGCAUCAUCAGCAAAAAGGGAAAAGUAAGUUUGGGGGAAAGAUGAAAAUAUAUCAUUUAUAAACACUAUAAACAAUAAAGGACCGAGGACCUGGAAUCAGAGACGUAUUCAAAUCCUAAGGUAUCUCUCAAUUUGACCAACUGCGUACGACCUCCAAGAAAAGACCUUAACCAACUUAAGGCGUUACCUCUAAUACCAUAUGAAUAAAGCUUGUCCACUAAAAUAUCAACAUCGACCAAUGCUCUAACCAAAACACAUGCUGUCUGCUGCCUUUCUUCUAACUUGGUAAGAAUAUGCUUAUAUAAACAACUUGUAACUUCUAAUAACACACUUUGAAUCCACUUCCAAACGUAUUUUAUUUAGGCACCAAAUGGAACGAAAAACCAUAAUUUCACGUGUUCUAAGAUCAAUCAUAGGAUGUGCCCAUACUCAAUGGCAUAAUCAAAAAGUUCAUUUGCUAUUAAACUAAGAAAUAAAUAAGAACCUGCCUUGGUAAACCAUAAAAUCCUUAUGUCAAUUUUCCUUUAAAUAGAAUUCAGUGAAGUCUCUUGUAAAUUCGUAUCACUCUUUUUAAACACAAAAAGUAAUACUUGAAUCAACUUCCAGGCCUUUGACCGUUAAUAAGGAAGUAUUUUACGUGCGAUUUUUACAUUCAUGUUUACAAUAUCAUUACAGUUUUGUGAUUAGCAUUUUUAUGCGAAUGAUAAAUAAAUAAAUUCUUAUUAGAUUGCAAUAAAUUUUUGGACAACCUAUAUAGGAUGAGAAAUAUCAUUUAUAUUUUGACACAAUUGAAAUUAAUCAAAAUAUCUUAAGAUUUCGGUAUCGUAACCAUUCUUAGAAGCAACACUUAUUUUGAGCGUAGAAUAGAAAAAUGCUAUAGUAUAUGGAAUUAAAAAAUAUAACUUUGAGACAUUUUGCACUUUUCGCACAACCAUAUAAUAUAAAAGUAAUUUUAAAAAGUAACCAUAACGUCCAUGUACAUUAAUGAAACUUUUUAAAAACUUGUAUUUCGGCCACAAUAUAGCUUGUGUAGGCAUUACAAAAUCAGUCUCUCUGUGUAUGGAUUUUUUGCAUAACAUAACUAUCGAAAGGGGAAGGAAGCCUUUGGCCCCUUGCGCUAUGACCUAUUUUUUCAUUCUUUUUCUUUUCCAAUUACACCUAUAAACAUAUUAUAUUCUAUCGAUUUUUUCCGUUAUCUAUUACCCAUACAAUUCAACACGCAUUGGGCGAUUUGCUUAAGCUUACGUGCGCUUAUUACGCAAUCUAUUAAAUAACACCGGCCCAAUGAAAAUUGUGGAACCAGGAACCGAAAUUACCGCCAUGUGGGUCAGUAGUGUUACCGCACACACAACAAGUACCGUUUUUUAUAAGACGCCGCCAACAGACAAAAGAUUAAAACUCGCAUGUUGCCACGUGGGGCGAAAAAUCCCAGAACCUCACGAAUUCCCGUGAUCAAUAUCUCAUAUGUACAUUGUAUAUAGUAUAGUAUACUAAGUUUUGUAAACUGCCCUUUAUUCACGAGCGGAAUGAGUGCUUAACAAAGGAGCGUUUAAACAAAUUUUAUUUUUUAUUAUAAUCACUGGCUCUGCUUAUAAAACUUGUUGCUUAAUAUAUUGUUUAUAGUAUUGUAAUAUAUAUCUUUUUUUAUUUUGAUUGUAUUUCCAUGGUCUCCAUGACGAUUAAAGAAACGUCAUAAAUGUCAGAGAAACUAAUAAUUUUGCUUAAGGUCCAAACAGUUGUUUAUACAUUACCUAAGUGUUCAUAAAUUAAUAUGAAAAAUCAUUUAAAAAAAUAUUGUAUAUAUAUGUAUUAUUAAUAAAUACUCAAUCAAAACUAAUCUUUUUUCUUACUAACUUUUCUAACUUACAUUACAAUUUAACAAAAUUACCAAAUUUUUUAAAUAUGAAUGUUAACCUUAUGUUGUGUUGAUAUAUCGGUCAUCAGAGCUACCGCAUACGUGUUUCUUGAUUUCCGGCUUUCAGUCGUGUAAUUCCAGUGCUUCAAGAGAAUCCUUGCAAUUUUGUAUAUACAUUUUUGUGACGUAGCUUACUACAAACCAUUUGGAUGGGGUGUCAAAUUAUAGCCAGACUUGUUGUCCUCUUAAACUUUUGUUUAUAACGAUUCAUUUUGUCUACCCCCAACUUUGUUCAGUACAAUUGAAUUGCAAAACCAUUACGUGUCGACGAAGAAGCUCUCGAGUUGUAACACUAUUCCACUUAGCGGGCUACCAUAAUCAUUUUCAUGCCCGACCACGCGCACAAAAAAAAACGAAACUUGUUCUACAUACGCUGAAGAAAGCGAGAGGAUGAAAGCGAAAGAGAAGGACGAAGAAAUGGCUAAAGGAGGGGUCAGCCUUUUACGUAGAUCUCGAAGUAAUAUUACUGUAAAAUUCGAUUAUUCCGAGCCAGUCCAUUAUUCCUUUAAUUCGUGGGGUGCCGAAAUCGGUCUCCACGAAUUUUCAUUUUAGUUUUGUGAGUUUUUGACAUCUCGAUUUAGGUGAGUGUCGCUUUGGUUUAUUAAACAUGAAAUUCGGUUUCGUUAAUGUCUUAGUAACGUUGUUAUUAACUGUAAUUGUCAGGCACGAUGAAAAUUGACUGCUAAUAGUCUAUUAUCGGUUGCAGGAGAGACGAUGAAAAAUUAUAACUAUAAAUCAAUUUGAAAAAUAAUUUACACGUACAUUUCCUUUAAUAACAAUACCCACCAUACUGUUUGCAUAAUGUUCUCGUUUUACUGAAAAUAAACCAUUAUUUUUUUAUUCUCCUUCUCAAAAACAGUAAAAACAACAUUUCUUUUAGUUUAGCGUCCAAGACACCCAGAAAUAUAAACUUCAGGUCAAUUUUUUGCUAAAUUAUAUGAAACAAUUUAAAAGUAAUUGGAAGGAGGAUGUUUUCCAGCAACAAAUAUUUUUUUUGAGAUCUAUACAUAUUGUUCGUACUAGUUUUUUCUCUUUGCAUGAAAAACUAUACCUAAAUCUUCGUAUGCAAUAAUUAUUUAUGGCUUCGUUAGCUCAGUAUUGUGCUAAUGAAAGGGAUAAUACAGGACCAUUUUUUCGAUUAAGUUUUCCUACUUGUACAAUUGUCGACUUAUAAGGAUUAUUAAUAACGACAAGUCCGUGAGUGCAUCUCCCAGGAAAAAAAACGUCAAAAAAAGGACGUUAAACCUGAUUAAAUUGUAUGGUGUGCUAUGACGCCACAUUAAACUAAAAUAAAAAGGGUACAACGAUACUUAGUGGCAAGUUAUAUGACCAAUCGAACCCUUAACUGGCAUUCACACAGGCGUAUUUUGUUUGAACAGUUACCGAUUGAACUGUUAUGAAGUUAAGAUAAAGCAGAUGCCAUUGGAUCAGUUUCAGGUGUUUUUGCAGCCUACUUGGCCAAUAAUUACUACCAAAGGCGAUUCACAGCCGACCUACUUACGCCCCAAACAGAUGGAUCGCGCAAAAGUGUAACUCGAAUUAAACAACCGGCAUUAUUGACGCAUGAUGUAACAGGUUACGUUUUUGCUUACAUCACUCACUUUCACCAAGACGCGAGCUUCCCGUGAUCUUUGCGGCUGCCCAAUAAGCAAUUUGACGCGAAUAUUGCCAAACAACGCACUAAUUUUUCGUUUAUUGAUUUACCUGGAUGCGUGGCCCAUAUUUCGGGAUUAGAGCACUUGUUAACGUGAUUCUAACAUAAAUUUGUAACAUCGCACCAACGAAGGGCCGUAGCAAUAAGGGCUUCCUUAUACUUAUAUUAAUAAUAAUUUAGGUUAAGAGCGGUUUUCAUUUUCUAAGCUACUAAGCAUAUAGCUACGAGAUAUAUAAAGACCCUGCCCAUGGAUACUGUUAAGAUGUAGCAUUUUUAAGAUAGUAUUUCCUCAAAAUAUGACAACAAAAACGUCAUUGCCGCCUAAAUUAUUUAGUAGCUAUAGACUAAAGUCAUCCCUAAUUCAAUCUAAUUGGUACCUACAAUAUAACUAAACCCAACCUCAAACAUGUCACAAAUGUGUAAGAGAACAGUUUCUUGCUUACCAGUUCCUUAAAAUAUGGUGCCGCGAUUGUUUGAGAAUUAAUAGAUUUAUAAGUCUAAUGUUUAGUUUUAUAUGGUUAAGGAAACGCGUCUCUAAUGCUUAGUAGAUCAUUUGGGUAUAAACAGGAAUCUAGAGAAAAGACUAUAGAACAUUUUGAUACAAGAAUUUUUAAAUUGCAAUUAAGUUGAAAUGGCAAUUGCAAUUUUUUUCAAAUUUUUUGGUGUUUGUGUCCUGCCACUAUACUACUCCAUAGAUGAUCUCUACAAUGAAAAUGAUUUAAUGUAUCUUUCUCAUAACUAGUGUAAUUGGAAAUCCUGCCAUACAAUUAAAAUACUAACGAGACAAAUGCACUUAACAAAUACACAAAACAGACCGCAAUGAUUCCUUUAUGUCCCUCUACAUCCAAAAAAAUGGACUACACAUUCAAGCCUGUCUCUAAUAUUUACUUGUUCUCUAGUAUAUUUCAUAUUUUGCGGCAGGCAAAUUUACCAACUUGUCUUGUCUUGGUCAUUUAUAUUACCUUAUCAGCUUAUUUCUCUCUCUCUCUCUCUCACUCUAUCUCCCUGAAGGAGUUUUUUCGUCAUUUUUUUAAGUCUCGUGUACGCCUUUGAGAAAAAUCGUCGGAGAAAAUGUCGUCGGAACCCAAGUGGCUAACGGAGCCUGACGUGUACGUCUGCGGCCUAACGAAAGAAACGCAAGAGGUCGCCAGAGUCGAGCUACGCGAAGACGAACGUUCGCGGGAAUCUGCGCUGGAAUCUAUGCGCGAAUGGAUCACCCAAAACCCAAAAAUUAAAAAGUGUCGCAUGGACGCCAGUUUCCUGCUGAGGUUCCUGCGUUUCAAGAAAUUCAGCGUGGUGCAGGCGCAAGAAGCACUCGAGCGUUACGUCCUGUUGCGGCAGACGUUCGGGGUGGCCUUCAACUGCCUGGACAUCACCAUACCGAUGAUGAGAGACCUCACCGAUCUGGGGUACAUGUUCGCAUCCCCCAAGCGAGAUAGCAAAGGGCGACGAGUGAUUAUAGCGAGACCAGGGGUGUUCGACCUAGACCGUUUCACCAACGCCGACAUGUGUCGCAUCCACGGUAUCGUCUACGAAACGCUGAUGGAGGACGAGGAGAACCAAGUCAGGGGUUUCGUGCAUUUCGCUGAUGGCGGAGGUGUCGGUUUCGCUUACUUGACCCUGUUCACAAUCCGCGAAGCAGUUCGUAUCGUUAAAAAUGGAGAGAAAACCCUGCCGAUGAGACACAAAGAGGUUCACGGUUUUAACAUCCACCCUUCAAUGAAAUUCGCAUUGGACUGGGGAAUGGGCUUGAUAUCCGAAAAGAUCCGAAGUCGCGUGAGACUCUAUUCCAACUUGGACGAGUGUCUGGAAGCGGGACAUGUGGAACGGGGCGUCUUACCCAAAGAAUACGGCGGUGAAAUGCCCAUGGCCCAAAUGAUAGAACUCUGGAAAGAGGAACUAUUCGAGGCGCAUCCCGUGCUGAUGUCAAACGACGACAUGGAAGUUAAUGAGGCGAUGUUCAGCCAAAAGGCGAAAGAGGGCGCCGUUUCCGCCCUUAAAAGGGGCGGUAUAUCGUGUGGAUCCGAGAAAGAUACGCAUUCGCUGUGCGGCAUCACGGGAAACUUUAGGAAACUCGAGGUCGACUGAUUGCGUUCUACAUUUUCUUUUAGAUUAUGGCGUUAGUGUAACUGUCAUGCGCCUUCGUUAAUUUUAAGUAAAUAAAAUACAUAAUUUUAAGGUUUUUAUGUAGAUGUCGCGAAUAAAAAAAUCGUAAAAUAUUA